AUGAACUCGCACAUAUCCUUCGCUACCGACGCGCCUUCCUCAGCCCGUCCCUCAAUUUCAUCGCGGCGCUUCUCACGCCGACUGUCCUCGAUAUCUGCCAGUCGUAGUCUCGAAGACGGAUAUGAUGGCGCGGAGAAUUUGCCGGUGGAGGAGACCUUUACAGAGGAGAUAGCAGAGAUCAAGCGCUAUGAGGACUUCACCACCGUCGACUGGGUCCAAGAUGCUGCACAAGAACAUUUGCGCAGGCGGAGGAGGCGGAGGGAGGCCGCCAACUUCUUCGACAAAGACGGCGUGCUCGGCUGGAGGCGCCGCAUACUGGCAUCUAUCGAUGCCGCCCAGGCAGUCGUCAUUGGCUUGAUCGCAGCCGCUCUCAACAUCAUCACCGAAUGGCUGGCCGAUGUCAAGCUUGGUUAUUGCACAACCGCCUGGUACCUGAACGAAGGCUUCUGUUGCUACGGUUCCGAGCAAGGUUGCGAUGAAUGGCAUCGAUGGACCUCGUUCGCCGUGUCUAACUACUUUGUGUAUGCCAUCUUUGCUACAAUGCUGGCCUUUCUCUCGGCAUAUUUGGUCAAAUCCUAUGCGCCAUACGCUGCCGGCUCUGGCAUAUCUGAGAUCAAAUGCAUCAUCGCUGGCUUCCAGAUGAAAGGCUUCCUCGGCUUCUGGACACUCCUAAUGAAGGCUCUGUGUCUACCACUUGCCAUUGCCUCGGGCCUCUCCGUGGGAAAGGAAGGUCCCAGCGUUCACUAUGCAACGUGUGUUGGCAACGUCAUCUCGCGAUUCUUCACAAAGUACAAGUUGAGCCACUCCAAGACCAGGGAGAUCUUGACCGCGUCUGCCGGGACUGGUGUGGCCGUUGCUUUUGGUAGUCCGAUUGGAGGCGUCCUGUUCUCUUUGGAAGAAAUGGCAACGCAUUUUCCGCUCAAGACGCUGUGGAGGAGCUACUUCUGUGCUCUUGUCGCGACGUCAGUGUUGGCAGCCAUGAACCCUUUCAGAACAGGUCAACUCGUCAUGUUCUCCGUCACGUACGACCGCGGCUGGCACUUCUUCGAAAUCGUCUUCUAUCUCAUUCUCGGCAUUUUCGGUGGCCUGUACGGUGCACUUAUGAUAAAAUGGAAUCUCGCUGCCCAGAGCUUCCGAAAGGCUUACCUAGGAAAGUAUGCAAUCCCGGAGACAGUCGUCCUUGCCGGCGCAACAGCACUUCUGUGUUAUCCGAACAUGUUCCUCCGAAUCGACAUGACUGAAAUGAUGGAGAUGCUCUUCCAGGAGUGCGAAGGCGACAAUGACUACGACGGGCUUUGCGAGAAAGAGAAUCGAUGGUCACUGGUCUUCUCUCUCGCAAUUGCAACAUGUCUGCGAGCCUUCUUGGUCAUCAUUUCCUAUGGCUGCAAGGUUCCAGCUGGUAUUUUCGUACCUUCCAUGGCCAUCGGCGCGUCCUUUGGACGCAUGAUCGGCAUCCUCGUCCAAGCACUGUACGAGCGCUUCCCCAAUUCGGCAUUCUUUGCUGCCUGUGAGCCCGAUGUGCCGUGCAUCACGCCAGGAACAUAUGCAUUCCUUGGAGCUGGAGCUGCGCUCAGCGGCAUCAUGCAUAUUACAGUCUCAGUCGUGGUAAUUAUGUUUGAGCUGACUGGCGCCCUGACGUACAUCCUACCUACCAUGAUUGUGGUAGGUGUCACGAAAGUGGUCAGCGAGAGAUUCAUGACUGCUGGAAUUGCUGAUGGCAUGAUAUGGUUCAAUGGAUUCCCAUUCUUGGACAAUAAAGAGGACCACAUCUUCGGAGUACCCACCUCUCAAGUCAUGACUAGUAACGUCGCUGUACUCCCUUCAACUGGCAUGGCUGUCAAAGCCCUACGCAAAUUGCUGGACAGCACCAAGUACUCAGGUUACCCCAUCGUGGAAGAUCUGCAAAGCAACAUCCUUGUGGGCUACAUUGGGAGGACGGAGCUCGAGUUCGCCAUGGAACGAGCGAAGAAAGCAGGCAUGCUCGCGCCGGAGACCUCAUGUUUGUUCGUCCCCGAAGAGCAUAUUGAACCCGUAACGCCCAUGGUCACUGAGCCAGCCGUAAACUUCGACAGCAUGGGCAUGGCUACCGUCGACUUGAGUGCGUUCGUCGACCACACACCGAUCUCGGUCAAUCCGCGACUGCCACUCGAGACAGCCAUGGAGCUGUUCAAGAAGAUGGGCCCACGAGUCAUACUCGUCGAGCAAUACGGCAAAUUCGAAGGACUCGUCACUGUGAAGGACUGCCUCAAGUACCAAUUCAAGACCGAACAUAUCGAGCAUGCCGCUCAGCAGCAAGAUGGACCACCAGGCCCUAGCAAACUCAGUGAUGCGAUCUUCAGGAUCAGCGAUUGGUUUGCAGACCGCAUCAACAACCUCUCUCGCGGUAGGCUCAAGCUGUCGCCGCGACAAGCACAGAGCUGGACACGAGUGCCGACUCAGGCUCCAGAACACCCAGCUGAUGACUACCACAAUGAGGACGAGAUACUAGAGGGGACGGAAUUCGUGAUCGGAGACGACGACGCGCAUGGUGUAGAGAUGGACACUAGAUAG